AUGGCCUAUGCUGAGGAAGACAGAAAUACCUACGAGGUGUAUAAGGAAACAGCAGAUUGGUUGCGUGCCCGUGCUGCCCAGCAGCCCAGGAUUGCCAUCAUAUGUGGGUCUGGGCUGGGAGGUCUGGCUGAUGUGUUGGAAAACAAGACAGUCUUCCUGUAUGAGCACAUCCCUCACUUCCCACAGAGCACAGUGGCAGGGCAUGUUGGCAGAUUGGUGUUUGGAGAGCUGAAUGGACAGCCCUGCGUGUGCAUGCAGGGACGUUUCCACUCUUAUGAAGGCUACUCUUUCAGCACGGUCACCUUUCCCAUCAGGGUAUUUUUUCUCCUGGGGGUGGAGAUCUUGAUUGUCACAAAUGCUGCUGGAGGACUUAAUCCCCACUUCCAGGUGGGGGACAUCAUGUUCAUAAGGGAUCACAUCAGCUUGCUUGGCUUGGGAGGGCAGAAUCCCCUGCGUGGACCAAAUGAUGAGCGGUUUGGAGUGAGGUUUCCCUGCAUGUCAGAUGCUUAUGAGCAAGAUCUGCUGGGCCUGGCAAUGGAGAGUGCACAGGAGCUGGGGUUCCUGAGCUUCAGCAGGGAAGGAGUGUACUGCCUGCUGGCUGGGCCCUGCUACGAGACCAUCGCCGAGUGCCGCCUGCUGCAGGCACUGGGAGCUGAUGCUGUGGGCAUGAGCACUGUCCCAGAGGUAAUUGUAGCCAGGCAUUGUGGCCUCCGAGUCCUUGGGAUCUCCCUCAUCACCAACAAAGUGGUGAUGAGCUACAACAGCCAAGAGAAAGCCAACCACGAGGAAGUGCUUCGCAUCUCAGUGGUCCGGGCUGAAGCCCUGCAGAAACUGGUCACUCACCUCCUUGGGAAGCUGGGGGAAAGCACAAACUCUCCAUGA